GCUGCCUCAGUAGUAUCACAGUUGUCUGACUUGACUCCUUGAUCUGCAGACGUAGUCUCCCGUCACAAACGCUUCUGGACCAAAAGCUGAUUAUUGUGAUUCUCACAAGGAUUUGACCAAGCUAUUUUUCAUGGGUUAGCCGGAAACCUUCAUGGGAAAUUUCAUAGGCAAUGUUAGAAUAUUGCCGGAUUAUCCUAAAGACCUAAGAAUUACUGUGAAGAAAAUAACCUCGAUUGCUCUUGGAAAUGAGAUCGAAAAGAUACGCGAUAAAGGACGUCUCAGUGAAUACGACCAAAUAGGUAUCAGAUUUCUAAAAGCGGCCAUCCAUUUCAUACCUCUGGCACUGGAAGAUGGAGCUGAUGUUGAAAAUGCCGCUUUCAUAUUUGCCACUCCAGGCAGGCAGUUUGUCGUUACAGCAGGAAAGGGUGACUGGGAGUAUUAUUUUUCCGAGGAUGAUAUGAGGAUCAUAACCGGUCGAUGUGUCCGUAGGCCCUGGCAGUGGUAUCUCUGGAAUAAAGUCAAAUCUGGUUUUUCUCGUAUCGCCUCGUUUUUGCCUAUUGAUGGAUCAGCCUUGAAGUUCUUGAUGCCUUCCUAAGAUAAUCUUUGAGAGCUUAAUAAAGAAGUUAUGUCUAAUUUAGCUGUUUAUUUUAGAACAGAAAACAUAUUAGCCAAAAGUACUUGUAUACCUCCUAUAUAGAUAGUUCAUAUAUAUACUUCAUUUCUUUGCGAUGUACAAAACGGAUGUUGCCUAUUUAGUUCCCGCUUAGUUUGUUUUGAAAACCAUUCUUGUAGAUUAAAUCAUUGAGUAAUGAUAAGUAAAUACGCGAACUCCCUUUGAAAAGGCAUUAACUGAAGAAGAAAGUCUUGUGAGGUGUUGUUUUUUAAUUACGAAUCAAGAUUUGUUCUUCAUUAUGGAUUGUGCCAGGAUUUUAAUUCUCACGUUAAGUUCCUAUUAAUGUCUUUCUUGACUAAUAACCAUGAAUACUCGAGCGCUAGGUGGCCAAGCCUCUGAACAGGAGUGAGGCUUAGGGUGAUCUUGUUAUGAUACAAACGUUGCAGCUUUUCACACGUAAAUUACUUUGUUAUCAAGCUAACUAGAUACUGUUCUCUAUCACGACAAGGUCAUCUUUACUCGCACUACAAUGAGUGAGCUUGGCAACUAAGUACAAAGCUGUAGAAUGGUCUGUUGUCUGAUUACUCGAACAUGAAUUUUUGUUUUUAAACUGGUUGUGUUGAGGACUUAAUAAUAAGUUUCUUCUCGAUUGUUAAAUGUUUAGCCGAUUAUGGCGUAGUCGUUUUGUAAGUCUUAUCAGAUUCAAGAGCCCGCAAGCUCGAACACGUCAUUUCAUCUUUAACUAGUACAGUUUGUGCUGACUGUGGCUUUUUUUGAGACUUGUUUUCUCAAAAAAUCACAUUCGUCGAUAGUUAUAUUAGUGUGUGCUUAAGGAACUCGUAUGGAAUGUACUUGGCAGGGUUUGUAUUUUGAACAAGACGUUUAAUACAAAUAAAUGCUUACUAAUAGGGAAAUUAAGGGUAUGCAUCAGGGCGAGUAAAAGAGAGAGGCAAUUUUAGUUCGCCAUAGAAGGAGCAAUAAAGAAGAAGGGAAAUAAAGAAGAGUCGUGGUGUUUGCCAUUAGCGUGGGUCCUCUCAGAAACUAGUUUACCCCGCAUUGCAUCUUUGCAGAAGGGUCAACAUUAGACAAUGAACUCUUUCACUCCCAUGAUCUCAUUUGUGAUUCUCCUUACUGUGUGUCAUUCAGUUCUUAUGACGUUAUUUGGGAGAAUUUUGUAUUGCACCAGCCUAAAAAAACCCCUUAUUAAUUGAUAUUUUUUCUCUAUUCUCAUCACG